GGGGGAUUCAAGAAUCGGUACAUGAGAUUUUAAUGAAUUUGAAAGAAAUUGUAUUGAGGAGCAAUCUAUAUGAAAGUUGUGAUGCGUCUAUUUGUAUCAAGGGACCUCGACAUGUAACUGCCCAAGAUAUAAUAUUACCCCCCCAUGUACAAAUUGUUGAUAACACACAACAUAUAGCUUGGUUGACGGAACCUAUUGAUUUUUUUAUUGGAUUAAAAAUAGAGAGAAAUCGCGGAUAUUUCAACAAAGUGGACCUUCACUUUGACGAUGGAAGUUAUCCUAUAGAUGCUCUCUUCAUGCCGGUUCAAAAUGCAAAUCAUAGUAUUCAUUCUUAUGGGAAUGAAAAACAAGAGAUACUUUUUUUGGAAAUAUGGACAAAUGGAAGUUUAACACCAAAAGAAGCACUUCAUGAAUCCGCCCGAAUAUUGAUUGAUUUCUUUAUUCCAUUUUUUCCAGAUGGAAGAAGAAAACUUAUAUUUAGCAGAUGCAAAACACACAAUUCCCCUACCCCCCCUUAUCUUUUAUAAUAAAGUGACUACACUUAUAAAAAAAAAAAAGAAACUUUCAUUGAAAUUAAUUUUUAUUGACCAAUUAGAAUUCCCUCCCAAGAUAUAUAAUUGCUUGAAAAAGUCAAAUAUAUUUACAUUAUUUGAUCUUUUUAAUCAAAAACAAGAAGAUCUUUUAAAAAUAGAACAUUUUCAACUAGAAGAUAUAAAACAUAUAUUGGGGAUUCUAGGAAAAUAUUUUGCACUGUAUUGAUUAUAAACUUAGGUUUAAUUAAUAAAAAAAAUAAAUUGAAACAUUCAUGAAUAUGAAUUGACGUGUAUCUAGGAAGAACUUUCAAGAAACGCUUCCCUAGAUACACAAGCUUUGGUUUUUUUUAAAUUGAAUCAAAACUCCACAAAACAAAUUUAAA